UGCGCGAGCGAAUCACGUGUUCCUAUACGCCAGCUGCACCUUCGCGAGUUACCGGCAAGUGGAGUGUGUGUUGAUGUUGUAAACCGGUAAUGGGGCGUCCCGCGGAGGGCUUCCCAUCGCAACAGGAUUGUAUAAAAGCAAUGAAGAUGACACGCCGUUGAACACGCCAGAAAGAUGCGGGGCUUGAGUUUGCUCCUGUUCAUAACGGUGGCUCGUGAUGCUGUGACUGACCUUUACGUGACAGCUGCAUCGCUGCAGCCGGAGCUGGGGGCGAGCGCCGCACCUGCCGUCACAUCCCCCGUCGCCUCGCGCUAUAUUCCAGAAGAGUACGGGCAUCCCGGUAUUGCGCUCGCACGGUCUGCGGAAGAACCGGCGGCGCCGAGCUCGGAGGACGGAGAGUCGUCUCACCACCACGGAGGAGGAGGUUACAAGAUAGUGCAGUGGGAAUGGAGCUACGUGCAGACACCUUACAUUAUAGCCAGCUGGCUUUUAGUGGCCAGUGUGGCGAAAAUACUGUUCCACUUCUCUCAGCGUUUCACCACAGCGGUCCCAGAGAGCUGUAUGCUGAUUCUGCUGGGACUGGUUCUGGGUGGAGUGGUUCUUAUCGCCAGCAAGACGCAGCCGUACCAACUGGACCCAGGACUUUUUUUCCUCUUUCUCCUGCCAACUAUAGUGGGGGAUGCUGGGUAUUUUAUGCCAGCACGGCUCUUUUUUGACAACCUGGGAGCCAUUUUGUUGUAUGCUGUGGUAGGCACAUUGUGGAAUGCUUUCUGCACUGGAUUCUGUCUCUAUGGAGUCAAGAUGGCAGGGGUCAUAGAUGAAAAAGUGAACGCAGGUUUGAUGGAUUUCUUGUUGUUUGGAGCUCUGAUCUCAGCUGUGGAUCCUGUAGCAGUGCUCGCUGUGUUUGAAGAAGUCCAUGUGAAUGAGACACUCUUCAUCAUUGUCUUUGGCGAGUCACUGGUCAAUGAUGCUGUCACUGUGGUCUUAUAUAAAGUGUACAUAUCCUUUGUGGAAGUGGGACCAGGAAAUGUUCACACUGCAGACUAUUUUAAAGGAAUUGCAUCGUUCCUCAUUGUCAGUAUUGGAGGGACUUUGGUCGGUCUCAUCUUUGCCGUUAUUCUGGCCUUUGUCACUCGUUUUACAAAGAAAGUGCGCAUCAUAGAGCCACUGUUCGUCUUCCUCUUGGUUUACCUGGCCUACCUGACGGCAGAACUCUUCUCUCUGUCAGCUAUUCUAUCGAUGACUUUCUGUGGCAUUGGCUGCAAAAAGUAUGUGGAGGCAAAUAUAUCCCACAAGUCCCGGACCACCGUGAAGUACACCAUGAAAACCCUGGCCAGUAUUGCCGAGACGAUCAUCUUUAUCUUUUUGGGUAUCUCAGCUGUGGACAAGUCCAAAUGGGCCUGGGACACUGGCCUUGUUGUCAGCACACUCAUAUUUAUCUUAGUCUUCAGGGCCAUGGGUGUUGUUGGGCAGACUUGGUUCCUGAACUGGUUCAGACUGGUUCCCCUGGACAAGAUUGAUCAAGUGGUGAUGUCAUAUGGCGGUCUCCGAGGUGCGGUGGCCUUUGCGCUGGUGGUACUUUUAGAUAAAGAACAGGUGAUGGCUAAAGACUACUUUGUGGCAACAACCAUAGUUGUGGUUUUCUUCACAGUAAUGUUUCAGGGUUUAACCAUCAAGCCUUUAGUGAAAUGGUUGAAAGUGCCUCGCAGCACAAACAGAAAACCCACCAUUAACGAAGAGAUCCACGAGCGUGCCUUUGACCACAUUCUGACAGCUGUGGAGGACAUUGCCGGUUUGAAUGGAUACCAUCACUGGAGGGACAAGUGGGAGCAAUUUGACAAGAACUAUUUGAGUAAGUUGCUGUUGAGAAAGUCUGUGUACCAUAAGAGUGAACUGUGGGAGGCCUAUCAGAAAAUCAACAUCAGAGAUGCCAUCAGUGUCAUUGAUCAGGGUGGGAAUGUGUUGACCUCUGCUAGACUCUCUCUGCCUUCCAUGGCCAGCAGAACCUCUUUUCCAGAGGUCACAAAUGUUACCAACUACCUGAGAGAAAAUGGCAGUGGGGUGUGUCUAGACCUCCAGGUGAUUGACACGGUGCCAGGAGCCAAGAUAGAGGAAGAGCUAGAGACACAUCAUGUACUUGCUGGAAACCUCUACAAACCCAGGAGACGGUACCAGUCCCACUACAGUCGCCACUUCAUGACAGUGGGUGAAAAAGAGAGACAGGACAGGGAGGUGUUCCAGAGGAAUAUGCGCAACCGUCUGGAGUCCUUUAAAUCCACUCGUUACAAGCGCCACAAGAAGGAUCGCAGUCAGAAAAAGCGGAAAGGGUCAGAUGCUAAAGAGCAAGACACCAAUGACAAACCACGUCGAAAUGUCAGCUGGCAGGACAAAGACCCAGUUGUGGUUCCAGUGGCACCUGAGGAGGAUAAACAUGACCCUUCUGAACCAGAUAAAGAUGAUGAUGUAGGCAUCACGUUUGUGGCUCGGAAAGCCCCAGAAACACCAAAGGAGAGACCAAAAUCAGUACCAGCUGCACUGGAUGUUUGUCAGAGCCCAGUCGCAGCCCCUCCAUCACCAACAUGUGGAGAGAAAAACCUGCCGUGGAAAAGUGGCAUGGGUUCCCUCCCUCCAUGUGUGUCUGUGGAGGCAACUAAAAUUAUCCCUAUAGACCUGCAGCAGGCUUGGUACCAGAGCAUCUCCUCUCUGGAGAGCCUGGCUUCUCCUCCAGCACCUCCGGAGCCUCAGCACCCACGUGUUAGCGCCCUCUCGAGGCUGGGAGGACCCCUGCGGACCCCAGCGAAGGGGAAAAGUAGUGGUAGUGGUGCAGGAUCAGGAAGUAAUACAGGUUCCCCAAGUUCAGGGCAGUUCAAGUUCCCUACAGGGAAGGAAGAAGAGGAGGAGGGUGCCCUCUCUCAGCAGCAGCAGGAAAUGCAGCCGCUAAUGUCAUCUUUGAGACCUCCGCCACCACCUCCUCCAGCACCUGCCACGCAAUCCGCAGGAAAGAGAAGGAAUCCUUGUGUUUAUCUUAGAAGUCUGGUGACAAUGCCACCUUCUGGUGCGGAGCCACAAAGUAGGAGGCCGACCCAGCUGUAAAAUCUCCCUCUUUCAUGUUUUAUCUUUUUAGGACCCUCAAUCACCUAACUGCAGACAUUUACCUCCUCAGGCCAGACUUUGUUUUUUAGAAAGUCAGUAAAUUCCUUUCUAAGAGACUAUUAAUUUGGUUUCCUUUUUUAACACGAAUAGGUUACGUGGGUUUAGAAAUGGUUGGUAGAGUUUGCUGAGGGUCCAAUCCUUUGUGUACAGGGCAGUUCCUUUCACAGUUGCUUUUUCUCUUAGUUUAAAGGGAUCUGCCCUGUAUUAUGUACCUCUGCAUAUGUGAUUGUACAACUACUGAACAUAUAUAAGGCUAAACCACAUUCCAAGGGCCUACUGGGUGUGUCUGUCAAACAGUGUUUUUUCACUCACAUGAAAGAAAAGAAAAUCACUUCAUGGUUACUCAUAACCUCACAGCUUUAAUCUUUAAUCAGCCAAUCCAUCUUUAUACAAAAAUGAGUAAUACUGAGGUCUUCCCUUUUCAGACUGGGAUGACAACGUAACAGAUUACAGAAAGCACAUGAGGUUAGGGUCACACCUCUUCAAUCAGAGCCAUUAUCUCUCAGUGGGUUUUAAAUAUGCAUAACAAAUCCACACCCACAGUAUUGGGUGACAAAAAACCCACGAUGGUUGUCAUCAGGAGCAUUUAUGCGGUGUACAGGAUAUAUAAGCUUCUAUGCAGCACAUUACCUGUCCUUUGUUGUUGUGUUUGGGCAAAAAAGUAAAGCGUGUUAAUUUAUUUUAUAUUUAUGUAUCAUCUUCAUGCCUUUAAUGCUUUUGCUUUUUGAAUAACAGGGUUAUGUGAAUCUGCAUUUUAAUCUACAAAUAACCAAAGUGUAUUAUGUUAAUUGUUUAGUGUAAUUUUCCUCCAUUAUUAAUUAUGAUACUAUAUUUAUAAUCAUGAAUAACUAAUUAAGGAUCAUCCAAAUUGUAUGUGCUUAAUCAGUAGUAGGGGCCUGAAAAUGAACUCUCACCAUGUAAAUUGUGUGCCUAAUUAUAUUGUAGGUCUGAUGUGAUGCAAAAUGUCUACAGAAAUAAUUGAUCGAGACAAUGCACAGACUAAUCUAUAUAAUCUAAUGCACUUAUUUUAAUGAGGUUUCUCAUGAUCGACUGUAUGCCGGCACAAUGACUUGAAGAUGGAUGUAAUUUCUCUCUUUUCUAAAUAUGUCGCCUCUCAGUCUGUUGCUCUAUACUACAUCUUCACCCUUAAAGUUUUUUACUGUACCAUACAAUGGAACAGAAUUUAGGUUUUGCACAUUAUGUCGAAUGCCAUUUAGCCCAAUUGUACUUGUGCUGUUGAAGCUGCUGUCUCAUUGUUUUGUAUUGCUGUGUAAUUCUUUGUAUGUACUGAUGAUUGUUGUGCCUUGAGAGGGACAGUGGAAGAUUUUGAGAAAGAGGCCUUGUCGAUCUUUAUUGUGACUGUAAACGGUUUGGAGUGGUUUCGUGCUACUGUAUGUUGUCUUUCUUGAACUUGUCGUGUUAGCAGACAUGUUGCCCCAGUCGUUUGACCCCCUUGAAAUUGAACUGGAAUUAAAUUAUCCAUCCAUUAAAUUUUAAUGAAAUUUUAAUCUCUUUUCUCCCAUAUGUGUUUAUUUUUGUAGGCAUCUGUAUUAGGUAUCUGUGUGCCAAAUAUUGACUUUGAAUAGCUUCCUGGAAUAAAGUUAACAUAAGAGAGGACAGUGCUUUUGAAUGCCA